UCCCUGCACGCCAUGUUGCCUUCAUCCAAAAUGUUCAUCUUCAUAUCAGCGCUGGUGGGCGUGGCGACCGCCCUCGUCUCCAUCAACGAGGGGCCAAUUGGGGAGCUGAACGACAAUUCGCCCGUCUAUUUCCCCAUCUUGCCUGAGGACUUUAAGGAUUUCGGCAUCAAGCUGGGCGGCGGCGGGGCACCUCCCCCCAUCCCCCCACCGAGGUCGUCCCUGCCCAAGAAGCUGGACAUGCCCUCCACGACCUCCAAGCCAACGACCACACCCUCGUCUGCCCAUCAACGAGCACGGGCAUCUGAACCACAUAGCGAGCGAGACGGUGACGCAGCCCCCAGGCCCUUCCUACCUGACGGAUUCCUACUACUACACCGAGGACCACACGAGCGCCCCUGGAACCCACGAGCACUCCUCUGGCGAGAGAAGCCACGAGGACAGGGAGGGCGAGGACAGAGGGCCGCAGGCGCUGCAGAGGCUGACCCCCCUCGAGCCCCCCCUCCGCCCCUCCCCCCCCUCCUUCGGCGCCAAGAUGCCCGCGGCGCUGGCUCUCCUCGACGCCCCGCCCCCUCCGCCCGAACGCCCCGCCCCUCGCCACCGCCCCACCCCGGCCGCCACGCCCCGCGCCCAUCCUCACCACCACGCCCGCGCCGCUGCUCUCCUCGCCGCCGCCCACGCGCCCGCACAAGAACAUGAAGCUCAGACCCGCCUACACGCCCAUCCCCACGCCCGCGCCCUCCUUCGGACGCGUGCCCGCCCGGGUGCCCUCGCGCCCCCUCUCGCGCCCCUCCACCACCACGCCCUACA